AUAAUUGUAUUUUAUAUUUAAUAUAAUAUUUUUAUUUUUAAUUUUGUGUAUUAUAAAAUGAAUAAUUUAUUCAUCUUGUACUAAAAUUUGUUCUAGAACAUUCUGAAACUAGAAUGCUAAAAAUUACUAAUUCCAUAGACAAAUUAUAAUGAUUAAGAGGGAGCUGGAUGAGGAGAUAAAGGUCCAGUUAGAUAACACAAACAUAAACGAACAGCGUUCAAACUACGUCACAGCGUUAAUUCACUACGAUAAUUAUAAAUUUGAUAAUAACUUAAACGAAUCUUUCCUCUCACAAAAUUACUUCAACUUCUACCACUCCGUUUUUCACAACAUCUUCAGACUUCCCAAGUCACAUAAUUAUCCAGCAGAUGAUUCAAACGAUGCUCAGAAUAUCUCCACAGUUACUGAUGGUACUGUGGAAUACGUAACUGAGGAGGACUUAAGUGAGAAUACUAAAAAUUGUGAUGUUUGUUAUACCAAAUUGAAUAAUUCUAUUCAAUCUGUCUCCACAUGUAAAUACUGUAACAUCAAAUCUCACACCCACUGCCUUCUCAAUUUCACCAAUAUCAUCACCCAUCUCACUCCUCUCACUACUACACACAGUACACUGCCACAUAGUAAUACAUUAGGAGAUACUACACUACCACACACUAAUACUGUAGGAGAUAAUACAUUGGGAGAUAAUACUGUAGGAGAUAAUGGUGUGGUACAGAGUGACAGUGUGCUGGAGGAUGCUGCGGAUCACCCAGUGGACUAUGAAUACAUAUGUAAAAUAUGUUAUAAUAGAAAGAAUAAGAAGAAGAGCACUGUUAAAAGGGUGAGGUGUGUGAUUUGUAAUAAUUACAACGGGAUAAUAAAUUCCGGAGAAGUGUUUUAUCAUCCGUUUUGUGCUCUUUACUGUUAUGAGCAGGUGAAUAAGUUUUUUACCACCAGUUUAAUGUUCAACAGUUCCACAGAACUUAACACCUCGAGUGUAAACGAGUUUAACAAGUUUCUGCUGUCAAAUAAUGAAAAUAAUGAGAAAUUGGGUCUGGAGUGUGUGGUGUGCGAAGAGUCGGACGGGAUCCUGACACGCUGUAGUAACGAAAACUGCACACAAUUCCUACAUCCAAGAUGCAUUCUCAAUACCAAACUCAAGAAAAAAAGGCAUACCAUAGUUUAUAAAUAUAUUACCCUCAGUGAUAGUACCCAGGGUACAUUGGGUACUGGGGGUAAAUCCAGUUCUAUAGUACUGUUUAAGGGAAUAUUCUGUAGUAAUCAUAAUAGUAAAGAUAACAUUAAUAGUGUGAUUGACAAAUUUAUUCAUACGCGGCCGUAUGAAUUUACACAUUUCGUGCCACACACUCCUGAACCCAACUCCAUACCACUCAAUCUACAACAUCAAUACACUAGUGAUCUCGUUACAGGGGAUAGAUUUCCGGAUAAAAGAAAGUUAAUUGAACCCCUGGCGAGUAACUCUGUAAAGAAAAUUAGACACACAGAGGAUACUUCUGGUGAUCCCACAGGUGACCAAGUACCUCUAAACGCGCCUACAGAACCAAAUGAUGAGCUCAAAAUUGAGACUACAAACACUAACACAAGCUUAAAUACUAACAUUACAUCAAAUAAUACUACAACAGUCACCACAGUUAAUGCUCCUAUACCAAAUAUUGUACCAAAUGGUACUAUAGUAAAUAAUGUACCAAAUACUAUAGUAAAUAAUGUGGUAAAUGGUGCUAAGGGAGAAGGGGUGGGUGCAGAAGUUGUGGAUGAGCUUGAUAUGAAGGUGCAAAAGGUGUUAUGGAACAAGUUGGACAUAUUUAGUGGGAAUAAUCCUCGACUUGAGGGUGACUUGAUAAGUCAGAUGAUAAACCCUCAGAAGCGGGAAUCGUUACUCCCGCUGAACUCUGUGCUGUUUGAUAACAUUUUUAACGUUGAGGAGUUAAAUUACUGUUUCCAGCAGCAAUUGUUACACAACUGUUCGAACGUCAUUAGUUUACUAAAGUUCAUCACUGUAAACGCUAGGAACAGGGAUAAAUGUAUCCUGCCCGUAGAAGAGCAGGAAGAUAAAUUUGUCUACAUAUUAUUUGAAAAUAAUAUUAAUAAUCACGUGCUGAUAUAUCAAAUUGUACCUCCGGAGGAGGAUACCAGUGCCAAUUUAUUGCUAAACCCGAUGAAUCAGUUGACUGAUUUAUGCUACGUGGAUCGAUUUAACGAUGUCUACAACGUCCACGACGAUAUUAAAUAUAUUAUUAAUAACUCAGAGUUCAGCUCACUGAACUCUGAACUCUGUAACACCGAGCUAGGCCUAAGAUUAGUCAAGAGCAUAAGUAUAAACCAAUUUGAAAGCGAACUCCUAAAACGCUCAAUACUACAACUCACACACUAUAACGUCUCACUAUUACUCGUUAAUUCGGGCAACUGUGUUGGAGUAAACUCCGGCAGUGGUAACGGUAUGGGCACCAUGAGACUCAACGAUGUGAUUGGAUUAAACACAAUAAACUGGAAUAAAAUUAUCAACUUCAACAUUACCAACGGUGAAACGCCUCUUAAAUACAGCGAGUACAACGUCGUGAGCGGGAACAGCACUGCCGAUCAGGUUCCGAGGGUGGAUGAAAAGGUGCUUGUAAAUGAGUUUAAACUGAUAAAUACUGAGAUCCAUCAGUUGAACAACGAGUUACUAAUGUUGAAGCGUAAUUUGUCAAAUAAUAUUUUAAAUGAUAUCACACUGAAUAUGAACCAGAACUCCCUCCUCUCACUUCAAAACACAAUCAACAAAUAUAACAAAAAUGAAUACAACUAUUAUCUUCUAUACAGUCUCAAGAAGUUGUUCUCAGACAAUAAUACCACAGUUGGUAAGUUACAAGUUAGAAAGGAUGUCAAAGGUUUAAUCCCGAAAUCUAACAGUGCACAGCCACACACGGGAUUACCCACUGGUGUACAAAAUAUCUACGAGUUAGAGGACGUGGACUUGAUAAAGCGCUGUCAAAUAUGUUUUAAUGUGGAGGAAAGUAACAUUAACACCCUGUUCAAGUGUGUCAGAUGUUUAGUGUAUGUGCAUAAGUACUGUUACAACGUGUACCGCAAGAGUAACACUGAAUAUCUCUGUAACCGCUGUGAGCACGAGAAGAAACAGAACCAAAUCACGUUUAAGAAGUUUUCAAUUCUCUGCAAUUUAUGCAAACGCGGCUCGGGCGUUUUCAUCAAAAUCACCGAUUUCUGGUUCCAUAAUCUCUGCCUCAUUCUACACUACUAUACCGUACAAUCCCGUAACGGUGCAAGGUACAAGAACAAUUGUACCAACAAUUUUACCACUGUAAAUUCUACUACAAAUACUAUUGUUAAUAGUGGUGUAAAGAGUAGUGUAAAUAGUACGGAUGGACCGGAGUGUAUAGUGUGUAGAUUGAAGAUUGGGUUGAUGUUGAGUUGUGGAUGUGGUAUAAAAUUCCAUGCGUAUUGUGGUUAUUUCCAGGGAUUUAGCUUUACUCCAGGGGAUAAUUCGCUCACUGUCUGCUGUAACAAGUGUACUUGUAACCUGGACAAUUUACUUGCCAGACCGUGUAAUUACUUGAGCAGGGAUGUGAUAAGUGAUAAGAAGCGGCCUAGUAGAAUCGAUCCUUCGGCUAUUAAGCCCGUUCCAACGUUACCAGAAUGUGCAAUAUGUCAUUCUGGUACCUGUGGCACAUUUACUAAAUCCGCCAAAUGCCCGGGAUGUGAGAUCAACUGCGUUAACUGUGGCAUAAUUUUACAUAGGCACUGUUAUCCCUUUAGGCUGGGGAAUACGUUCAAGUGUGUUAAGUGUGUCUCUGGGAGCACGAAUCUGCGCUGUUUCCUGUGUCAUCACAGUGACGACAUUCUCAUCAAACACACAAAUCACACCUCGUACUAUCACAUCGUCUGCUAUACGCUUUACAAUAACAAGUUUAACACUUGUCAACGCAGGAUGGAAUUGCGGGAUAAAGUUGGUAAUUUGGUAACUAGUGAGACCAGAGGGCACUGUUGUUUAUGUUUGGAACGAGAAGGACUAACGAUUAAAUGUUUUAGGAAAGGCUGUUUGAACAGAUUUCACCCCAAUUGCGCCUUGAAGAAUAAGCUGGUGUUAGACUUCUAUACCCCUACAGAUUACAUAGCGCUGUGCCAGGAACAUAGUUUGCUACACAACGCAGUGGGCCCAAAUCUGAAACUCCUGAUAAAAAUGAGACUACAAAUACUCAUGCUCAGGGAUCUGUUCAAGGACAUGUACCACCAAAACGCCGUGCUCUGCUCAAUCAUCAGGAAAAGAAAAGAAAUACACAACUUCAAAUUUCCACUCAUUUAACACAUUCUACAGAGUUUUACAUAAUAUACAGAGUUAUACAAUGUGCAGAGUUUUACACAAUAUACAGAGUUUUGCUAGGUAAAUGUUAUACACGUGUUAGAUGUGUGGAAAAGUGGAUGUAAUU